CUGCGCUCAUUUUGCAUCCUGGAACAAUUUCGCAGCUGCGCUUCCGUCGGACAAGACGCAGAGACGGGGGCGCGAUGUCGCUGGCUAUAUGUACCGAUUGUCUGUCACGGUUCCGCAUUUCGACGAAUACCCUCAGUCGAUCAGUAAAGGCCGCAAGCUUGCUACCUCAAACGGCCUCCUUCCACACAUCCCCAAUUCAAAAUGCCAACGUCGUCAAAGCCAAGUCGGCGGCCUCGAAGCAGCACACCCUCAAAUUUCGAGGAUCUCAAUCUGCGAGAUUGAAGAAGAAAGUCAGGGAACGCCCGAAGGUGCCUCCAGUCGGUGAACGCAGAGCCCAGCGUCGUCGGAUCGUCUUGAGCAACACCAAUGCCCUGGAGGUCGGGGAUAUGGAGACUUGGGGCAAGGAGAAGAUGACGCACCCUCAACUGGUCGGUCAGGUCGUGGCUUUGGACGGAGAGCUGCUCGAUCAGCUCAGAGACGCCAAAGCCUUCAAGCGGACGCAGAACUGGAGCUUGUUCCGAAGACCUGCCACUCUGAUUCGAAACGAGACAAUCGCCAUUGGCAAAGAGAUCGAGGCCUUGAGCAGCAGCCAAGACCAGAAGAUGAUCAAACAUCUCGUCGCUGGAGAGACACAUUCGGGAAAGAGCAUUCUUAUGCUUCAAACAAUGUGUAUGGCAUUCAUGAAUGACUGGCUCGUUCUGAGUGUACCUGAGGCCCAGGAUCUCAUGAACAAUACAUCCUCCUAUGGACCUCUGCGCCAGAAGGAAGGUGCUCCACCUCCUGAUGAGCAACACUUUAUCCAGCCACAUCUAGCUCAAGCAUUACUUGAACGGGCUUUGUACUCAAACGAAUCCGUCCUCAGUGCUUUGAAGAUCAAUCACGAAUUACCCAAAAACAUCCAAUUGAAACAGGGAUCCACCCUCAAAGAUCUACUUAAGGUCGGUGUCGAUGAUCACACAAAAGCAUGGCGAGCAUGGCAGGCUUUCUGGCGCGAACUCACUGAGCCGGGUGUGAAUCCUAGACCGCGAGUUCUUCUUGCGGCGGACAGUGUAGAUCACUGGAUGGGCCCAUCGAAGUAUUUCGAUGCCGAACACAAGGUCAUUCACUCGCAGCAGUUUGUGCUCAUCCGGACCUUCACCGAUCUCAUAUUCGGCAAGCAAAACCCGUCCUUCACCAACGGUGGCAUGGUCAUGUUCUGCAGUACUGGGUCCAACUCGCCAGCGUGCCCUACCUUCAAGCUGUUGAUCAGCCAGAUGCGUGCCAAGGCCCGAGGUAUUGAGGCGACAUCCCCCAAGUUUCCACUCCCCGUACCUUUCAGCAAACCCGACCUGCGUAUUCUUGAUCUCAUUCCCGGGUCUGACAAUGUUGGCUUGGUUGACUUGAAUGGGUUGAGUAUACCCGAAUCAAAGGGCUAUCUAGAAUACUUUGCGAAGAGUGGUCUGCUACAGGCCAGACUCGAUGAUGCAAAGAUUGCAGAGCUGAGAAGUUUCAGCGCUGGGGGCAUUGUGGGAGAAUUGGCGAAGUAUGGAAGCCGUGUCAGGGCUUGAGAGCCACACUCAAUCAUGGCGCCGAAACCGUAGAUGGCAAAACGUGUUAUCUUGCCUAUCGUGCGGGAGCUACAUUCGCAGCAAUGAAAACUGUCUUGUGUAAGAGAUGAUGGUGGUGACAAGGUGACCACUUGUUGACAGUUUUAGUCGACUGAGGAAGCCCGAUGUGGGCAUUUGUUCAAUUUGCUGUGUCAGGCUUCAUCGGGCUGUCUUACGGCGUGAGGAAUGUACAAAAGGAAAAAUACUCUUCUGUAUAUAUGUAGAUGGUUCGACUAGAAGAAACGUGAAUCCUUGUACCUAGUCAUUGACGGGAACUUUCCG